GCUUGUUUACUAGAAGACCUGAAAACCCCGCUGAAUAUAGAGUUUAAGAAAACCCGGAAUUGAAUGUCGUGUCUUAAUAUCAAAACUUGACACCUGCAGCUAUAUUUCCACACUAAAAUGGUGUCACCGCCGUUGAUUUAUCUAUCCGAUUGAGGCUACGAGUAAAGUACACGGUUAUUGGCGUCCAAGGGCAUUGUAUGGUAUUUACUUGAGACUGUUUUAGCAGAAGAAAAGCUCCAUUCCAAUCCUGCCACUGACUCCAUAUCGGGUUUGGAUAUAACCAGCAUACAACCCUUUUUCCAGGCACAGAAAAUAGCAUUUCAAGUUACAGCCGGUUAAAGCGAGCUUGAAGGAAGGGGGUGUGUUAAAAAAUUGGCGGAGCUGUACCUCUCUCUCACUCCGUCCUAUUCUACGACCAGUCUUUGCCAUUGUUCCAGAGAACCAAACCUCAAUAGAUCUUCUGAGUCUACAGACACAGUGUUACUCCCAACCAUGUUACCCAAGACUCGUCUGGGGAAGCGUUCCCCCCUAGGGGCAUUGCUGUGUACCUCCUGCCCAUCCAUGGAGAGCACACUGGAGACAGGGGCCCACGGGGACCCUGAGGGGGGUGUGGGGAGCCCAACUAUGGGACCACCAGGGCCCCAGCAUCUCAGCAGGUUCAACUUCAAACUACACCCUGGACAGAAGGUGUAUGUGUUGUGUGGAGGGCGUGAGUGCACAGGGGUGGUGGAGCAACACAACCAUGUGGAUAAUGAGGUGGCCAUCCUGCUGCCUGCUCUGGGACAGCAUGUCCUGAGGAAACUACAGGACGUCUGGACCUCCCCCACCGUCCCUCCUCAUCCUCCUGCUGCAACACAGAGCACAAGGAAACCAUACCAAGUGUCCUCCUGCAUCGAUGUUCCCAAUGUGCCCAGGAGCUCCAGGAGUCCAGAGUCAGUGGAUAUGGAUGAGAUGAUGGCAGCCCUCGUUCUGACCAGCCUGUCCUGCAGCCCUGUUGUUCAGAGCCCACCUCACAGAGACACAGUCAUAGGUUCUACUGGCAUGGAGUGCGGGGCGGGGGAACUCUCAGACAGCGGCAGCAGUGGCUACUGGAGCUGUGACCGUGGCUACAGAAGCCCGGCCCCAUCUCCGCCAAUCACAGAGACAGAAGGUCACAGCCUGGCCACACCCACUGAUGAGGGAUUGGACAUGGAGCUGGAGCAGGUGCUGUUUGAUGAGCCUGCGCCACGGAAACGCAGGAACUCAGUGAAGGUGGCCUACAGGUGUCUGUGGCCCAACUGUGGGAAGAUUCUGACGUCUGUCGUGGGGAUGAAACGUCACAUCCGUACCCUGCACCUGGGCCAGAGUGUUGAGCAUGAGCGUUGCUCCCGCAGCGAGGAGGACUUCUACUACACAGAGAUCCACCAGCGGGAGCUGCAGCCCCUCACCCCACCUCCUGGGGUCUCCACCCACACCCCUAUCCCUACCACUAGCACCAGCACCCCCUGGUUGGCCUGUGCCUCCCCCUCCAGCCCCUCUACCUCUGGGGUAGGACCAGGAGAACCAGGGGUAGGAGCAGGAGCUGGAGGAGACUCCCCAACAGAAGUGAAUCCCCAGCCCAGCCAGCUCAGCCAGUCUGCCCCCUCCAUCCCAGGGUGCUUCGGACAGGUCCACUCUGAGCACUCCUACCAGGCUCCUGCUUCAGUCCAGGUGGUGGCAUCACCCGUCUCUGUUUCCUCCACCUGCCGUUGGACCAAACCCACCUCCACCCCCCAACCAAGUCAGGGCACACCAUUCCUUGUGCGGUCAGUCAGUGUGGGAGAACAGUGGCUGCAGCAGCAGAAUGCCCCAAUUAGGCCACACCCUGCCAGCACCUCUCCCCCACGCAGCCACUGGACCUCAAGGAGGAUCCGUGGCGAGGCUAAGAAGUGUCGUAAGGUCUACGGCAUCGAGCACCGGGAUCAGUGGUGCACCGCCUGUCGCUGGAAGAAAGCCUGCCAGCGCUUCCUCGACUGAACUCCUAACCUGAAGAAGAGAGGGACGAAGAGAGAAAAAGAGAUAUGGAGGAGAGAAAGAAAGUGAGAGACUGCCAGAAGAGAGGAGCAGUCACCUCUUCAAGUGAAGACUGAGGAAAGAUCUGGGGGUCAACCAGUGGAGCAACAUGUACGUUGGUGUUUAUUUCUUUUAUUUUUUUAUUCGUUUUUUUGUACUUUUUACAACUUUACUAAAAGUUUUUUUUAUGUACUUUGUUCAUGUCUUUGAGAACUUCGGGUUCUUGUGUGUUGGUGCUCACGGUGAACUUGGCGGGCGCAGCUUAAUGACCUAUGACCGGUAACCUAUGAUCUAUACCUGCAGCAUAGUCCCGCAUCUCAGUUCCUCUGUCUUCCUGCCCAGUGAGGGGCUAUACAGGAAGCAGACUUCUUCUCUUCCAAAUCUUUGGCCGUAUCCUAUAACCAGCAGCUCGUCUAUACCCAGCAGCUAUAUAGAGGAUCCCUAUUGCUCUAUGACAUCAUGCCGUCCAUAACUUGGCUUGGGAACAAGGCUUUCUGCUUGUUGCCAAGGGUGGACAUGAGCCAGGCAGGUGCUGAGCAGAAUAUCUGAUCUGUAAAUCAAUCCAACUUCCAAAUGCCUGGGCAAGAACAGAUCCAUAUGAUACAAAGAUUAACCGAUACAUUCACGCUUUGGCUUUCUGUCAGUGUAGGUGGUGGAGAAUGAACGAUUAGGAGAAGAAAGUAAAGUGAUACAAGGAGGGAGUUAGCCCUAAGUAGCAGAGGUGAAGCUUCAUUAAAUACUUAGUAACAAGCAUGCUAAAUACAGGACCUGUGUCAGAGAGGAGAGAUGCUGGACAUCAACUUGUUCAGUUUUUUGUUAAUAAUGUAUACCAUCUGUUAUCAAUUCCAUAAAGUGCGCUGAUUGGCUGGGAGAAUCCCCCUUGACCUAUAGGAUUCCAUCUACUCAUGAUCUACCAAUCAGUAAGUUGUAACAUGUAAGUUGUGUCUUAAACAUUGAGAGUUGUAAUUGGAGGAGAUGUAAAAUGCAGAUUUGGGAUUCAUAUGCCCAACCCGUCUGAUGAUGUGUUUAUAAGCCAUUUAUUCCUGCAAAUUCGUAUGUAGCUUUUUUAUUGUAAUGGGCUUUUUUAAGGAAACAAAAAUAACGUUUUGUCGACAUCGACUAUGUCAUUUGUAUUGUGUGUUUCGUUAUAUUAUCCAGCAAUGUUGUGUCUAUAUUUUGCAACUUGUCGUUUUUUCUAAGAUGUGUUAAAUACAAUGUUCCGCCAAGAAUUACGAUGUUGUGGGAUAUAGGAAUCAAUUCACAUACUUUAGACCAAUCAGAUGUCAUACACACUGAUUUUCACUUCUCUGACUAUGAUGCAAGCAACUGUUAAAAGUUAAAGACUCAGUAUCUCGUCCUUGUUGUUAGCAGCUACUGUAGCUAUCCUUCCUGUUUUGCCUUAGUCUUCUUUGUUCGGGUCAACAGAUCAUCUGUAAGAGCAGCCAUUUUGUAAGAGCAGAGUCUUUUGGGGGGGGGUUACACCAGAAAUGGUCUAUAAUAUAGCCAAGUAACAGGCUUUAGUUACACUAACAGAUAUAAUUUUAAGCACUGUAGUUUAUUGUUAAAGAGACACUAUGACAGAAUAGGACAUGGAAGGAUUGGGUCCUUUUACAACAUGGAGGUCAUUGGCAGGUUGUGUCUUACAUCAUUGUAAUAAAAUUAAACAUUUGUAUAAUAUAUUUGGGCAGGAAUCUAUCUCCGUACAUUUGUCAUAUACUUGGAUGGCCAAUAACCCAUACCGCUCUCAUUAGUGGCGAUACACUAAUUUAAUUUAAUUAUCGCGGUUCCUGGUUAGAUGUGGAAUGUACCAAUAAUAAUAUCUUAAAUAUGGUGCCGGCAUUGAGUCUGAAUGCAUUUAACAGGCUAAGUUAGGCUUAUUUUAAAAUGAUAUGCUGCUCGGGGGCAUUGUGGCCCUAACCCAAACCCUUGUCACUCUACCACCUAUUGUAAAUGAACAUGCAUACAUCUCUGUUGAAAAAGCGUUUAAUGAACGUUCGGCAUAAACGGAUGUUUCAUAUGUUAAGACCCAAAAUAUAUUCAUGAUUGUUUAUUGAAACUCAUGUUUCCUUGCAGUAAGCCAAUGAAUCCACAGAAGCAAAAAAACAAAACAAUUGUAUUUAUAUAUAUUGUCCUAUGUAUGUACUUAGAGAAAAAACAACUGUUGAAUAAAGUAUAAUUUGUAUUAUGAUGCACUCAUUUUAUAUGGAAUCUGAAAUGUUUUUGUCUUUUUGAUGUUGAAAUAUACUUGAUAAAGAUUUAUCCUGUCUAAAGUA